GCAGCCCUCGCUUUUCUCUCCUGCCCACAUGCUCUGUGAGCAAGACCAGCACCCUGGCACUGCUGUGCCCGAGGAGAGGCAGGUGACUGGCAGCAGGAGGAAUCCCUGAGCCAGCUCCCAUCUGGAAGAAGUGCCUUGUCAUGUUGCCUCUCCCUCGCCAUCCUGCAGCAAGGGGGGAGCCGCCCGCAGAGACUCCCCACAGCGCGGCUCGCUGAUCCCUGAGCUGACACGGGGACAAGCUGGUUUUGCUUUGGAUUAUCGCUGGCUCUGCAUGCUAUAUUCUUCCUGCUGCUCUCAUGCCGUUGCUGCUGCACCCGUCUUCCAGCUGCAGUGAGCUGAGCCCACGAUCUGGGGAGAUUGUAUCUGGCAAGCAUCCUGGUGAGAGAGCACAGAGCCUGCUGGAAUCCGAGUGCUCAGCAGUGCCGGAGCAGAGCGUGUUCAGUGAGGGGAGACGGGGAACGGAGGAUCUGUGGAAAGGUAACCUUAGCACCUCAAGAAAGAGCUGACUGAAUAAACAACCCAUAUCUUCUGUGUAGCAGCAGAUGGUGUCAGUAUGGAGAAGGUAUUUGAACUCCCCCAUGAGAAGUGUCCUCCUUGCCUCUCAUGUGCAGCCCUACCUGUCCAUGGGUAGCACCAACUUAACUGAUGUCCUGAAGAGCAUUCCUCACCAUGGAUAGUCCACCCAAACUGACUGGUGAGACGCUGAUUGUCCAUCACAUUCCCCUGGUGCAUUGCCAGGUCCCUGAUAGACAGUGCUGCUCCGUGAGCAAAAGGACCAACCCCUUCUGCCAGCCAGAGCUCAGCAUUACACGGACCUCUGCCCUUCCAGACAGAGACCUUUCACAGACUGACUCCUUGGUGUACAGCAGCUUUCUCCAGACCUCUGAAACCUCAGCAGAGGCCUCAGAUAACAAAGAAGGCAAAGCGAGGGAUUUGAUUGUCCCUAGUGUCAGUAAGCGACACAACCCUUUCCUGCUGAGUGAGGGUGAAGACCUCAGCAUCUUUGGGGAUGACUUGGGUCAAAAAUCUUUUCACCUUCACAACUCACUUGUGGCUGGCAAACCUCCCUUUCAUCUGCAUGAGCUGGCCUUGCCCCCUUUCCACCUCCACGACUCCAACCACAUUGUGAAAUCCUGGAACAUGGCCAGCCGGUCCGGUGUGGUGGAUGGGCAAGAGGACAAAAUCAGCAGUGACGAUGUCCAGAAGAGGAACAAUGCAAACCGGUGCCACCAGGCCUCAGAACGCAUGGAGCUGGAUGAAUGCAGUUGCCAUCGCGGCAGCUCCUCCAGCUUCUCCUUUGAUGGUGGUGACCAGGAGUGGAACCAGAACACGGGUGAAUCACUGAGGAAUCAGGAUGCCCUACACAGCCGGACGUGCAGCUGUUCCAGCUCGGAGCUCCAGCACUGUCGCUGCUACAGUUCAUCAAGUCAGUCUGAAGUGAUUGACCAACAGAUGGGCUAUGUCAGUGACUCCUCCUGCAACAGCUCCGAUGGGGUGCUGGUGAACUUCAGUGCUCUCUACAACAAAAUGAAUGGCCAUUCCCGAUCUAACCUGAAUUCAGCCAACCUGUCCUGUGACUCCUCCUUCUGCAGCCACUCAGACACAGGAGCUUUUUACCUGGAUUUGCAUUCAUCACCCACAGAAUCCAAGAUGUCUUGCGAGUCGCAUCACCCAGAGACUUCAGGGAAGGUGUGUGGGUGUCAACACUCCUCCUCCUCACCUGUCCUUGAUGCUAACUGCAACUCCUACCACCUCCACUGUGAGCCUUGCGCUUCGGAGAGCUCAGACCUCACUGCCUGCUUCCAGAGCCAAGCACGGCUCGUUGUGGCUACUCAGAAUUAUUAUAAGUUAGUCACGUGUGACUUGUCUUCCCAGUCAUCCCCCAGCCCAGUAGGAUCUUCCAUAACUAGCUGCUCGGAAGACCAUACCAAAGGUAGCCCAGCCCAGCCCACUGAAUACUAUCUUUUUAGAAGGCCUGACCUGAGACAAGAAGAAAGCAAUGUGGAGUGCAGUGAAGAGGAGGCAAAGGGAGAAGCCACCCAGAACAUGAUUGAGGGUCAGGUCUAUGUGAAUGUGUCACCACCUAACCUCAAUACAAGCCGGCAGCGCUCCAGGAGCUAUGAUCAGAACCUGGACAGGAGUCCCAGCAGCAGACUGGGCUCCUUGGAGCGCAUGGUGAGCUGUCCGGUCAAGCUGAGUGAAAGUCCAGCAAUACCCAUCCAGAGUUCCCCCCCAAAGCGAGUGACAUCUUUUGCUGAACUGGCUAAAGGCAGGAAAAAGAACAGCACCUCCCCACCACUCCGAUCCAGUGGUGAUUCCUCCUUGGAGUUCUCCCCUAUCCCCGAAACACAGCGGGAUUGCCCAGCCUUCCUUGAAGAAAGAGCUCGCCGCAGCCAGAGUCUUCCACCCAUGCCCUUCGUCCAUGGCCUGAACCAAAGCUGCGAGGGCUUCUGUUUAAAUCAUGCUUUUGGGGACAGCCAGGCUUUGUGUUCCACCAAAGACUCGGUCUCCAGUGAGAAGGUCCCCAGGGGGCAUGGGGCAGGUGAGCAAGCCUCUGUCUCCCUGCUGAUGGAGGCAGAUGCCAGCUUCUCAGGUGGCUCUGCCAGUGGCCAUGGACAAAGAGAUGUUAGAGCCCGAGCAGACGGUGGUGGCACAGACAGCAAGCCUGUGGUACGCUACAGCAAGGACCAGCGUCCCACAACUCUGCCCAUCCAGCCCUUUGUUUUCCAGCACCAUUUCAGCAAACCAUCCAAGGCCCGUGCUCUGCACAGCCAUUUUGCCUCCAGCCUUUCCCAACUCUACAGCUUGUCCAGCAACCGGCCUGCCAGCCAGCAGAUCUCCAAUUCCCAGUCCUCAGCCUCGGCCACCUCGGCAGAGCAGUCGGCGGGGGUGGGGAGCCAAGCCCACAGCACACUCCUGACCCAGCGCUCAGUGGAUGGAGCUGCCUCCCGCAAUGAUGGCUGCAUUAAGAAGCCUGCCCCUGAGACAACCCGGCCAUCCCCCCUGGGGAGUUACUCUCCUGUGCGAUGCAACGUGCCUUUCUUUCAAAGCGUGGACUCCUCUUCCUCGCCCACAACGGAGAGGGCUGGAGAGAGCCAGCCCCCCAGGAGCAGGUCCUGCCCCAUCUCCGCCAGCCUGCUUUCCACGAGGUCUUCCCCUGCUGUCAGUGCCAUGCAGCCCUCCCAAGCCACCAAAGCUGAUGCCCUGAGGCAAAAGGAGAACCCCAAGCCAAUUCCCAAGAAGGAGGCACCACUGGAGCCGAGCCCACUGCUCUCCGAGUACCGACUCCACAGUGGGUCCCUCCCACCCCUCUCAGUGGGCAGUGUGCCCGUGAGCAGAGUGGGGGGCCGUGCAGAUCCCCACUGGAGAAGUGGCAGUGAGACCAGCAGCUCUGGUCCCCUGAGCAGCAUGGGAAUACGGCCCCUCAAUGCGAACCACCUCUCCCCCCAAGCGCUGAAGUGGCGGGAGUACAGGCGGAGGAACCCCCUGGGUCUGGACCGCGUUUCAGGGCUGCCCGGCUUAGCAGGCAGCCUAGACAGGAGGCAGCAAGAGCCUCGGCUGAACCGGGGGAACCCCAUCUUUGAGCUCCCUGGCACUCUCAACAGCAGCCAUUUCCACUGCAAGCUGAACGGACAGUCUAUGAGGCAACUCCAGCUUACCUACACUGACUUCUUCCCUGACUACUUCUCACUAGCAGAGAAACCCCCCGCUGAGUUCUGCCUCUCCCCAGAUGGCAACACAGAGUCCAUCUCCAUCGACUUGCUGCAGAAGAAGGGUCUGGUGAAGGCAAUCAACACUGCUGUUGACCUGAUUGUGGCUCACUUUGGAACCAGCAGGGAUCCAGGGGUGAAGGCCAAACUUGGGAACAGCUCCGUGAGCCCCAACGUGGGUCAUCUCAUCCUGAAAUACCUGUGCCCUGCUGUCCGGGAUGUUCUGAGUGAUGGGCUCAAGGCUUACGUCCUGGACAUGAUCAUUGGCCAGAGGAGGAACAUCCCCUGGAGCGUGGUGGAGGCAUCCACCCAGCUAGGCCCCUCUACCAAGUUGCUGCACAGCCUCUAUAGCAAGAUCAGCCAGUACACAGAGCUUACCAACCACACCAUGAGGUUCAACGCAUUCAUCUUUGGCCUCCUCAAUAUCCGGUCCUUGGAGUUCUGGUUCAACCACCUCUACAACCAUGAAGAUAUCACCCUGGCACACUACCAGCCAGUGGGCUUCUUGUGCCUGUCUCACAGCGUGUGCCAGCCUCUUUUCGAGGAGCUCCUGCUCCUGCUCCAGCCUCUCUCCCUGCUGCCCUUCAACCUAGACCUCCUUUUCGAGCACCACCUGAUGCAGAUGGGGAAAGAGCAGCAGCAGCAAAAGGAGCUGCUGCGUGUGAAGCAGGACCUGCUGCUUUCUGCACACUCCACCCUGCAGCUGAUGCGGACGCGGGGCAGCAGUGAGGAUCCCGACGGCUGCAGCACCGCCCCUGAAGCAUGCAAAGUGGGUGCCAGAGAUGGUGACAUCUCACCAGGCCACAGCCCCCAGCAAGCUGCAAGUGAGAGGGUCAAAGGGGCGGGCUGGUGGUACCAGCUCAUGCAGAGCUCUCAGAUAUACAUCGAGGGCUCGGCUGAAGGCUCAAAGUUCAUCCACUAUGAGAAGAAGAAGAAGGCUUUGAAUACUGUGCCCAGGUCAGCGGAGACCUGCAAGGCGCCACCCCCCCGCGAAGGGGUGGUGGAGGGUGCAGAGGCUUGCCCCAUUGCUGAGGGCACCUUGGAGGAGAGGCCCAAGGCUGCCAGCAAGCCAAGUCCUCAAGCCGUGGAAGAGCCCUUGGAAAAGCCCCAGCAGGUACCGGUCAGUGAAGAGGUGAAGGAACGGAGCUGGCCCUUCUGGAUGGGCAGCCCCCCAGACUCAGUGCUUACAGAGCUGAAGCGCAGCAAGGAGAAGGAGACUGGGACUCAGCAAAGAGUGGGAGCAGCAGCAGCAGCCCCCCAAGAGGAAAGCAGCACCAGUGCAUCAGAGGGCAGCCAGCCCAUCAAGUGGGGACACUUGUUUGGGUCCAGGAAGGUGCAAAAAGAGCCCAAGCAGCCUAACAGGUUGCCCUCUGGCUGGCUGAGCUUGGACAAGUCUGUGUUCCAGCUGGUGGCCCAGACGGUCGGGGCAAGCAUGUGGCGAGAAGCAGCCCAUGAGCCGGAGCCCUCCCGGCCAGAGCCAUCUGAAGUGCCCCCCGCAGCACGGCCGGCCCGGGGGUUGUCUCCCCACCCUCCCUGUGAGGUGAAAGCUCUUUGCCAUCACAUUGCCACCGAGACGGGACAGCUGAGCUUCAACAAGGGGGACAUCCUGCAGGUCAUCUCCAAGGUGGAUGGUGACUGGCUACAGUGCAGCCUCGGCUCCGAGAAGGGACUGGUGCCCAUCAUGUACGUCACCCACCCAGAGGACGAGGACUAUUGACGUGGCUGGGAGGCCAAGUACAGUACCGUGGGCUGCUGAGGCUCCUCUGGGGAAGCCCACCCUGCCAGAGGAACAGACAUAGCUUCUUGCUAGUUUCUUACCUUUCUUGCCAUUACAGAAUACAGUAACUGUAGGUGGUUCCUUCCUGCUCCUCCUCGUGCAGCUGCCAAAGGCCAACUUGGCCCUCGGGGUCUUCUGCGAGCUGCACCUCGUAUUGCCAGGCAUCGCCGUGCAUGCAGCCACACCGGGGACUGCCUGAGCCCCCUCCACCCCACACCAUCUCCAGCACCCGUAGGCCCUGGACUCGUACAUAGCAGGAACCCAAGCAGUCCCUGCCAGGGCAGCGCUGCCCCACUGCCCGGCUCAGUUUCACUCUGGAGGGUGCAGGAUGCUGGCCGUCCCCUCCCCGGGGGUGGCAGUGCAGUCUGCAGCCUUCAGCAUCCCUGGCAUCAUCAGCCUCAGGGCUGGGAGCACCGUGCAUUGGCAAGGUCUCUGCAAGGCCGGUCUGAUGGGUUGCAUUGCGGUUUGAUGCGGGGCUGCAAGGUAGGUUUCCCCAUGCUGGAGCAGCCCUGUCCUAAUGUGUUAUGGUGGUGCCUGGUGGGUUGUACCGGGCCAAGUGGCCUGGCACUGCCACGCUGCAGGGCUGGGGCUGUGCCUGGCCACAGCCAGGGGAGGGGGACGGGAUACGUGUGUGUGUGCGGAGCAAAGGGGUGCGUGGGGUCGUGAGGAAGGCGCGUGGAUGUUCAGUGUUACGUAGGUGUGGGAUGGGUGGUGCCACCCUGUGCAGAGAUGGGUGCUUUGGGGAUUGGCCCUGUGCCCUCCACACUCAGCAGGGAGCCAGUGCCUGGGAAGCUCUGGGAUGCUCAGUGGAAGGGGGUUGGAGGGGAGGGGGUGAGGGCAGGGUCCCUGCCUGGGCUAGGCGUGCUCUUUGGAGUUGGGGGCAGUGCUCCCAGCAGGUAGACUGAGGGGUGCUCCCAGAGGGAGCCGGGGAGCUAGGGAGGGAGAAGUGGUGCUCCUGUUGGGUUUCUGGUCUUGCUGAGCAGUGCCAUGGGGUGGGGGGGACAAGUGUUGUGAUGAGCACAAGGGGCUGCUGGGGGUCCUGGGGUCCUCAGUAGAGGCAAUGCCAGUCAACCCCUUCCUUGCCAUGUUCAUGCCGCCCACUGGGGUGGGGAUCUUCACCUGCCCAUCAAGUGGGGAACAGUGUUAAUGAAAAGGCCAUGCCAGUAUUUGGUGCCUUGGCUGGGUUGACACUGCUCGCAGCAUCAUGCCUGGGCUGGCUUCCCCAUGGCGAGGGGCCCUGGUCUUGCAAGGUUACCUCCUGCUUGUACAUUGCUUAGCAGACGUUGCACCAUAUUUAAUUUGUAUUUCCCCGUUAGAAUGAGGUGUCUCGCCUUUAUUUAUUUCUUUAUUUAUGAUGCAUAUUAAUAAAAAAGGUGCUGAUUGAGUUCCCUGCUA